GGAGGGGCGGGCGCUCCACAGCACCCAUCAUCAUCUAAUGGCGACGGUCAGACCCAAUCACGCCUCUAUCAAGCGCCGGUUAUCGGUGUCAAAUUAAAAGUCCCCCUCAAGGGAAACAGUAUUUUUUGUUAUUGUCCGACACUCGUGCCAAUAUGAGCUUUUUACGCGCAGCUCGUCUAAUCUGGAGAAGGAACAGCGCACCGCGGAGCGCAUGAAAGACGCGUCGCGCAGACUGUCCGACGUCCCUUUGUGUCUUUUAAGUUGUUUAUGUCCAAGCGUCGUCGGGAGGUGCAGGAAUCGGUCUCACUCCACCACUGAACGUGGACCUCAGCUGCAGAAUUGAGUUCCCUCGGAGCGCCAGGUCCACUGAUGUAGCCAGCUCUUGUACGGAUGAAUGAAAAAGUCGAUCACCUCGCCAUCAGCCAAAGGACUCCAUGUCUUUCUUGGACUGUUCCUGCAUAUCCCACGCUCAGGUCCAGCCCAUGGACAUAGAGGAACGCUAUGAAGACACCAGCCACCAGUUUCUGAGCUUCGACGGUUCUGAAUACACCCUGCAAGGCCCAGCCGGUGGCGAUGACAUCACGGGGCUGUCGCCUGAGCCGGCCCAUUACCAGCUGCUGUCCGAGCUUGGCAAAGGAUUCAAUAACCUGAGCCAGGUGAGCAUGGCGCGCCACAUCCCUACCGGCCAGCUGGUGGCCGUCAAGAAAACCAACCUGGAUGAGUGCACAGAGGAGGAAUUGCUGCAGCUCAUGAAUGAGGUUCUUCUUUCCCGGCUCUUCCGUCAUCCAAAUCUGCUGACUUCUCGCCUGGUCUUCUGCUCCUCUUGCCAGCUGUGGGUGCUGACACCACUCAUGGCCUAUGGCUCUGCAGACGCCUUACUUAGAACGUAUUUCCCCGACGGAAUGAGUGAAUCCCUCAUAGCCUAUUUGCUUUACGGUGUCCUGAAAGCUUUGGAAUAUCUGCACCGGAUGGGCUACGUUCAUCGGGCGGUGAAGGCCAGCCAUAUCCUGCUGUCAGAGGAGGGGAGAGUCUACCUUUCGGGCCUGCACAGUAUUUACAGCAUGAUGCGCGACGGAAAGAGAAUGAGGGCGGUGUUCGACAUGCCCCACCACAGUCCGGCGCUGCUGCCGUGGCUCAGCCCAGAACUGCUGCGACAGGACCUGCAUGGAUACGGUCUGAAGUCGGACAUCUACAGUUUGGGUAUCGUGGCCUGCGAGUUGGUCAGUGGCCGGGUGCCCUUCCAGGACAUGCCGCCCACUCAGAUGCUGCUUCAGAAGCUACGCGGCUCCCACUGCUGCCUGCUAGACGUGGCUCCGUUCCCGCUGGGAGAGCUGGGCGGCUUGAAGGUGUCCCGCUCCGGGGUGGACUCCGGCAUCGGGGAGAGCGUGGCCACUGGGAGCCUGUCGCACAGCGCCACCGCUCCCGCCACCGACCGACCUCAGAGCCCCGGGCCCAAAAACCACUCGGCCACCCUGCACAACCUGGUCCAGCUGUGUCUGCAGCAGCAGCCGGAGCGCAGACCGUCAGCUUCUGAACUGUUGAGCCACGCCUUCUUCAAGCAGGUGAAGAGGCACACCAGAGACUCUUUCCUGAGUUUGAUGUACCCAGCAGUGCCCCUCACAAGCCCUGAGGACCAGCCAGUAUCCAGCCCCCCGGGCCCCCUGUGUUACACUUCAGCCGUCGCCGACUCCACAGACGCCGUGUGGGACUUUUCUGACUAGCAGUCCAAAUUCAAGACAAUCAAAGAAAAGCGAGGCCAUGCUCUACUGUGCUUUUAUUUUAUUUGUAUUAUUAAUAUUAAUCCAACAGUCUGAGCCUUUUUAUAUCAAUUUAUAGUUUAUUUUUCUUUUUCUCUUUUUUUUUUUUUUAAAUCCAUUCGCCUGGUGGAUAGAUUUCGGGAUAAGCCAACUGUGAAAGGGCUGGAUUAAAGAAGCUGCUCUUAUAUCUAGUAAUAUAGUAAUAAUAUAGUAAUAAUGACUUCCUGUAAGUGAGCCAAAAAAAAAAAAAAAGAAACCUGUCAGAGCACUAAUAAUUACGGCACUUGAAGAAAAAGUCCACCGUUACAAGCUUUAACUGUGGAUUUAGGUGCCCCAGCUGUGAAUAUAAAGCAAUGAGGUACAUUAAAAAAAAAGGUUUCUUAUUGCAAUAAUUGAUCCUCCAGCCGAAGGAAAAAGCAAAGUUACUAAACAAUGGAUGUUUUUUUUUUUUUAGUAAUUUUCAACACCAUGAGAGCCAGCCAUGUAAACCUCUUUCUGCUGUAUGUUUGAAGAUAUAUACAUCUUGUUCCUGUGUGGUAACUUUGCAACCUGUCAUUGCGCACGGGGAAGUGGAAGGGGGGGACGUGAGCAAUAAAUGUGCUGUAUCUAGUGAUAAUCUAGUGUAGCGGUUAGGAACCAUCAUUGUUCCCUUUCCUGACUUACACAAAGAGUGUUCCUACUGUGCUCUUCAACCACUUAUCCAGCAAUGCCUUUUGUUUUUGAUAGAAUCUGGUGAAUUCUUUGUAACUGUGAUCAAAGUGUACUGUGUAGGAGAACUGUGGGUUACAGUGCAUCUCAAACAUGGUAGCUGUAUAAGCCUUAUUUGUAUUAUUAAUGGUACACUAAAUAAAUGCAUAUAUAUAUGUUUUUAUUCCCAUG